CAGCAUCUUUAAUAACACACAUCUUCAGCACUUCUGCACAUUCAUUCUACCUGUGGGGACUGAGGUGAACACACAUGGCGACCAAUACAGGGCAAAUGGGCUACCUACCCAGCGGAGGUGCCAUUUUCUGCACCAUACCUGACAUCCUCUACCUGCCAGAGCUUGUCUUUGGCGGACUGGUGUGGUGUCUGGUAGCAUCUACGUUUAUCUUCCCUGCCAACCCCCAAGCAUACGUGAUGGCUGUGUCACUUUUUUGUUUUAUCAUGACUUUCCUCUGGAUGAUGAUAUUUGCCUGCGGGUCACAUCGUAACAAAAGCUCAUGGGCAGGCGCGGAUGUAGCAUACCAUGGAUUUGCGGCAUUCCUCUAUCUCAGCUCAUCUGUGCUUCUAGCUGUGGUAACCAUUGGCUUCGGUCAGCAAGAUGGAGGCAAAGACACACUUAUUUACAAGCUGGACGUAGCUGCUGUGGUGUUUUCCUUUUUCACCACUUUACUGUAUGUGAUCCACGUCAUUUUCUCAGCCAUCAGAUGGAAAUCCUUCUAAAAUGUCAACGCUCAAGUUAUUUAACACAUCUAACAGACGUCAGUCUUGAUUGUUGCACUGCCUCUUUAAAGAAUGUUAUGUUGAUGUUUGCACCGUUUUAACAUGCAAAUAAAUGGCCUAUGGCAUUCAUUGUAUGCAUAAUCGUUCAUGUGAUAGUAGAUUGAUUAUCGAGUCUUCUCACUGUCAUCUGUACAAACGAUGUAUUUGUAUUUUUACUGCCUUGUUGCUGAUAUUUCUUUUGUAAACUAUUCUUGCCACUGGUAUAAAUUAUAUGUAAUUUUGAUCGAUAUAAUAAAGGAAAUAAAUAAAAGAGUGUAAA